UUCGUCAGUUUCAAGGUCAAGGCCGAUUGUGUGCGACACCUUUGAUUUGUGAAAAAAUGGGUGAAUGUGUGAAGCGGUGCGACCAUCCGUUUGGUAGUAGUCAGUCAACUAGUGGAACUUCACACUUAAAAUCUGAUGGCUCCCUGAUAGACGAAAAUAUGUUUGGGGAGAGAAUAAGUAAAGCCUUUUCACCUCCGAAAAACAGAUUGGCUCCCCUUCUUGGAAAAAAGCUAUUCAUGCAUUAUGAAUCUGGCACACUUCGUGAUAAACAAGUGGAGCACGUGUUAAAGAAACUUAAAGGUGAAGUCGUCGAGUUUUUCAGCCGAGAUGUGCACUACGUCAUCACAAAUCGCCCGUCCCCUCGGCUGCCAUCAGUAGCUUCAGGUGAGGAAUCAUUGAGUGCACCCCUGAAAAAGUCUAUUUCACUUCAAAACCAACAUUCUACUUCCCAAGUGCUAAGCAGUCUUAAAGUCCCUGUACUUACAGGCAGUAAGUCAGUGAACAACCCCGUAACACGUGGUCGUGCUAUGCUUCUUGCUGCCCGCAAAAUCGCUACUGAAGAUUCAAUUGCUACUCCUUCUAGUCGUACAGCAUCAUCAGUAUUAAGUCAGGUUCAAGCCUCCAAUGAUACGUCUUCUAUAAUACAGUCCUCUCAACCAUCUCUCACAUCAAACACACUGGGAUGUAGUCAAUGGUCAAAUUCAAAUACUGAUUUGUUAUUCAAAGCUCGCCAGUUGGGUAUUAAGAUUCUUACUAUUGAUACUGUAAAUAAAUGGAUAAAAAAUCUUCCCUCAGAUGUUCAGUCCUAUAUUCAGUCGGUACAACGAGGAGACAAUGAAGAUCAAUUGAAUGACGUGAUAAAUGAUCCAGAACGAGAUAGACUCCAUGAAGUUCGACACCUUGUAAGUCCAUGUAUCAAGGUGAUUGAUACAAAAAAUCAUUACAGGCCUAUUUAUUUGGAUAAAACAGACUAUUUACCAGAAUUAUGGAAUUUAGUUGAUCGUUACAAGUCGAAAUCAAAAUCUUCACAGGAAAUUGCCAGUCGUGGUGGUGUACAAGAUUGUUCAUCAUCGCCAAUGCCAUUGACAAGUACUACUACCAAUGUUGGAACUCCUGUCGCUAUCACCACGACCAUUGCUACUACUGCUGCUAUGUGUAGUGGUAGUGUUCCGGGAGCAAGUGUUGGCUUCGCUGUACACAAUCCAAGUCAUCUUAUCUCUGGGACAACAGGUACACAAUCAGUUUUAACGCGUAAAGGCAGUCGGGCAAAACGGAAAUAUCGACUACAGAAACACAAUACGGCUACACCAUUACAACGUACAGCCUCUUUAGCAGUGAAAGGAAUUGAUAGUAAUCCUAAAGCGAAUUCAACUAUUGCAGCUGUACAUGAUGAACCAUCCGGUUAUUGUGAAUGUUGUUCCGUAAAUUUUAAAAGUUUAUUUGAGCAUCUUCAUUGUACAGAACAUUUACAAUUUGCAAACAAUUCUGAAAACUAUCGUCUUCUCGAUGAUGUACUGAACAAGUUGCCGACAAUACAAGAGUUUUUAAAAGCAACUAAAACGUCUACUACUAUUUCUAAUAAUAAUACUGCUACUAAUGCUAGUACUUUGAAUAUUGUGACUACUGACAUUGGCACCACUACUAACAGCAUUCCUACUACGAAUACUAACACCCCGACUACCGCUGUUGCUGGCAAGCCUCCUACUCCUCCUUUUCCUACUACUACUACUACUGCUAAUGAUACUUCUUAUACUACUGCCAAUAUGACUACUCUCCAGUCUUCAUCCUACCUAAAUCCUAUUUCAAUCAGUCCAGUUUUAUGUAAAUCUCGAACAGAUUAUCUGUUCGAUGUAUUAUCAAAGGAUAAAAGAGAAGAAAAAGAGAAUGUCACCCCUGUUCCAGUGUCAAUAUAUGCUGAUGCUGCAAAUGUUACAGGAUUUGUUGUUACUGGACGAGAAGAAUUCAAUACUACUAAUGGGAAAAAUCCUCUUACAGAAACUAAUAACGUUCCACCAGUUCUGAAUCUCUCCGAUCCAUGUAUACCGCUACCGAUGAAUGAAUUCAUCACUGAAUCCGGUUCAGAAAUAUUCAGUAAUCAUGUAGAUCUAACAGAUAUUUAUAGAGGAGAAGGACUAGUAUCAAAAGGUGUUCCUAUUCCACACUCUGGAACUACUACUGGCACUAUCUUAGUCGAUAUCGAUAAUGAAGAUAAUGUUGUAUUGGAUGAAGACGAGGCAGCAUUCCUUUAUCUGCUUUAAUGAAGAAGAAUCCUCAAAAUGACGAAGGAAAGUUUUCUUUCCCAAAUUGUAGAUUUUUUUUAUUUCUCCAUCUCAAUGAUCUCUUCCAAUUUCCAACUAUGAGUGCUUUCAUUUUAGUAUUAUUAUGAUUAUGACUAUUGUUAAUUGAAUGAAUGAAAUGAUACUUUCUAGUCUCUCUCUCUUUUUAUUUUUGUGUUUUAAUGAAACAAACAAUUAUGAUAUGUAUAUUGAUUGUCGCCAUUUUUUGGCGGGAAAAAUGAAAUAGGCUUUUUUUCUCUUCAAAUUCUUACCUCUUCUAUUUAUGUGAUCACAAUUGUUGUUAUAUGUAAUUAUGAUUAUGUGCGGUGAAUCUUUUAAUUUGUUUGUUUGUUUGUCUAGGUAUAAUCUAUUUUUUUCAUAUGUGAUGGAUGAUGUAAAUAGUGCAUAAAUAUUACAUGUAAUCAGAGUUUAAAAGCAUUAAAAAUGCGAUGUUGUCAGACUAAUGCAUGGUAUUUAAUUUCCUUGCUCCUAUUUCUCCGAUUUCUUGAAUGCUAGCGUGUAUGCAUGUGUGCGUGCAUGUUGAACUGUUAUGACCGUUUCAAAUAUAUAUGCAU